CCCCUCAUCGAAGGUGAUCUAGCGAACUAGACCACCGUUGGAAUGCUAGACGCGCCCUUCCCCGCGUAGGAUCGACGAUGUUUGCGGAGAGGCACGCUGCCCUCGCGCACAGCGGAACUAGGGAGGCCGCAAGACCACUACGCCUCAGGCCCUCCCUCCCAUUUGACGCCUCUCAUCCGGGGACCCGUCAUGCUAACUGUGCGGGCGCCCAGUCUAUGCCAGCUAGUGUGGCUACAUGCCAUAUCCGGCUCGCAGACCCUGGCGGAAGCGCCCAGCUGCGGCGUUCUGCGGGAGAGGCGGUCUGCGAUUUUCGCUUCUGCUCUCGCUCUCGCUCUCGCUGUGGCUGCCCGGUAUACGAACCGCGCGUAGCAAGCUAAAGCUGGCUGUGCCGGGCUGGGACAUGUGCGUCAGCGUUAGCUGCGCUCCUCGCCUCGACGCGGCCAUUUUUAGAUGUGUGCAUAUAACUGGUAUGGGCGUGUUAGGUGCAUCGGGGCGCCCCCUGCAAAUCACGUGCCGAACGCAACCUGGUCACGGCCCAUUCUCUGCGGGACCCAGGUACCCACGUAAGUAGGUAACAUGGCCCUGGCUGACACGCCUCCUUUUUUCACGGCAGAGAUGUACCUA